UUAUGAAAAAUAGCUCAACAAUUGAAACAGUUUUACAUGAGAUAUGAACAUUCUCAGCGGUUUUCCACGCAAUUUUCUUUUGCUCCUCUAUUCUAUUUAUUUCCUCUUCUCUGCACAUUGAAUUUCGCGGCAUUCUCUCGUUCGCUGAUCACUUUUCACCUUUUUCUCAACAAUCCUUCUUAUUGAACCAUAUUAGUCGGGGCGCAUGGAAACGGAUGUGGGUGUGUCCACCAGUGAGGAAGCUAAUGGAAGUGCUGCUAAGAAGAAGCCUACAGUUGUGUUUGUGUUAGGUGGCCCUGGUAGUGGAAAGGGCACACAAUGUGCAUACAUUGUUGAGCACUUUGGUUUUACUCAUUUUAGUGCUGGUGAUCUUCUUAGGGGAGAAAUUGAUUCUGGUUCUGAAAAUGGUUUAAUGAUCAAAAGUAUGAUGAAUGAAGGGAAGAUUGUUCCUUCUGAGGUAACAGUAAAGCUUCUCCAGAAAGCAAUGGAGGAAAGUGGUAAUGAAAAAUUUCUUAUAGAUGGUUUUCCACGCAAUGAUGAAAAUCGUGCUGCUUUUGCGGCUGUUACAGGUAUAGAACCAGCUUUUGUCCUGUUUUUCGAUUGCCCUGAAGAGGAGAUGGAGAGGCGCAUCUUAAACAGGAACCAGGGAAGAGAUGAUGAUAAUAUAGAGACAAUUCGAAAACGUUUCAAGGUUUUCUUACAGUCUAGUCUCCCCGUAGUUCAGUAUUAUGAAUCUAUUGGGAAAGUACAUAAGAUUGAUGCUGCAAGGCCAGUUGAAGAAGUAUUUGAGUCAGUUAAAGCUGUUUUUACAUCUAUAAAUGAGAAGGUAAAACCCCAUGGUCGUGUGCAGCAGAAAUCUACUCUAUUAAAACUCCAACUAAAAUGGAAAAUGAGCUUUUUACGAAAUGGAGUUUGCAAGGGGUAUUGAUUGGGCAUGUUUCGAGACUAUUAGAGCGCUACCACCUUCAAAAUUUAGAAGGGAUGGAUACCAAGAUUUUGAAUUAUGAACUUAAAGCUUUAUGUAAACUUCUUUUGGAUUAGAAAGAAAAUUUAUCCAAUGGAGUUUUUAAUAACGACCGGUAAAACAUGCUUUAUCAUAGUCAUUUUACAUAUGGUUUCUGUAAUUUGUGUGCAUAGAAAUAAAUGCUCAAUGAGAGAUGAAAAAACAUCUUUUUUGGCUGCGUA